AUGCGCACCCAUGCGCCGCUCACAGAAAACCAGCCGCUGGCUUCCUGUGGGCAGGCGGUCGACAAACGGAAGCGCAUCAAGGUGGUUCGGAAGCAGGCCGACUUGCUGCCCGCUGUUGUCAUGAAGCCAGUGGCUUCUCCCACUUUGCCCCGAUACACCUUAAUCUUCCUACACGGGAUGGGGGAAGUCGCGAUGAGUGAUAUGCCGACAGGCAGGGCGCUCAGGGUGCCCAUCUCGGGAGAUGUUGGCUUUGCUGCGCCGGAAGAGGUGCUCAUUCCAACGGCACCGCUCCGUGAGAUCAGCUGCUUCGACACCUGGUGGUCCAAGGUGAAGAGCCGGGAUGUGAAGGGCGGCCGUUGGAGAUUGGAGAAGUUCAACUCCUGGCACCUGGGCUCCACAUUCAAGUCAAAGCUGUCCCGCUGCCGGGACCUGAGAGGUACGAUUACAUCAGCAACCGCGGUGGUCGCAAAGAGGCUGCAGAGCGAUGACUUCCAAAGCUUCUUUGCUUUUCAAGUUCCAGAGGAUGCCAUUGACAUCGACUCCUUGCACCGAACGCAAGAAUCACUUCAUGAGAUCAUCGCUCGCGAGGCACGAGGCUCAGCAGAAGAGCUGGGCGGACGUAGUGAUCGGUGCCUUGGUCAAAAUAGGAAUAAGAAGUCUACAUCUUUGCUGAACUUUUUGACCUCCGGAAGCCAUUUCCAGAUCAAAGCCAUCUCCGGAUCUAGCUUCAAACUCCUCGCGGAAGUGGCUUGGCCACAUGCACUCUGCAUGAGUGACCCGAAAAGCGCGGCUGCCUUUCUGCAGCUGCAAGCAGGCGGAGAAGGUGGUCUCGAAGGGUGCUGCAGCUUGGCGUGGAUGUGGGGAGAUCUAAGAGCGCUCUUCUUCUUUUGCCACGAGAUCACACUGUUUGCGCCAGGGGCGACUACAGUAUGGGGAAGCAAAGUCGUGUUCUGCGCUUGGCUGACCCAGAAGGGAGUUGACCAGGGCACCGCAGCGUCGGCCGACAAGGCGCGAGACGCAAGCCCCUUCUACAAAGGAGCCUUUAGCCUCCAACUCUGGGAAGCCUUCAAGAGCUUUGCCCGAGUACAGCUAGGCAGUGCUGACUUAUCCGAAAAGGCAGUGGUUCCAAUGUUUCACUGCAACUUCCAUCCGGGUGCCUUUUCCCGAUGGGUCUCCUUCGUCUUUGGAGAUCCAAACGCCGGAGAUCCCAGCCAUGUGUCCUUCAAGUUAGGAGUUGGGGGCCUGGCGGGAUCUGCGGGUAAUGCUGACGCAUGGAUUGCCCGGCGGGAGGACGACAUCAUGCAGUGGCACUGGGUGUGGAUCUCAGUGUCGAAGAUGGAGCGACGCUUGCGAAGCUCCAACUACAAUGUGCGCUCCUUCCGAGGCAAAGAUCCCGAGGGCAACGGCCACUUUGUGGGAGGCGUCGAGGGCGCCUGGAUCAGGAAGUCGCUGAGGAUGAUCUGUGAAGCACGGAGUCUCACUUUGACGGGCCACAGGGAUGCCGCAGUGGCCCAUGGCGACCGGAACAAGCUUCAGGCAGAGCAACAGCCGGAGGAAGAGACUGGCAAUCAGGUUGCCUCGGGAACGGGCGCUGCGCUUGAAACGCAAAUGGCAAGCUCCGAGCCCACGAAAUCUGCCAGGGACAUUGCACUUGUUCGCUCGACUUACAGACGAGCGCGUACGCAUUAUAGUUUGCGGAAGAAGGAUGUGGCGAAGCGUUGCGAGCUCUUCCACUUGGCAGCGCAGUCGAUUUUUGCCGGUGUCUCUGAAGUCUUCCAGGAGCGAAAGAGGAUUGCCGGCCUGGUCCUGCGCGCCGUCGCAACCGAAAAGUGCCGCCACGACAUGCGGGAGCAGAUGGAAGAGGGCUUUCUUAAACGACUGGGGCGCCCCAAGCUCAAGGCUCCGGAGUCUCGACGCUUCAAGGCCAUCUUCGACUCGGCGGACGAGCUCCUUCUCAACAACUUCCCUCUUGCUGGGGAGGCCAUGUGCAAGGCAUUGUUCUGCACCAAGGAGGAGUUUGCUGAGCGGUCACAAGGCCUCGGCAACCUGCUCCGCUGCCAGAGCACCUUGCAAUCCAACAUCAGGACCCAUGAACUGGCCGCCACAAUUCUUUCCUGUCUGUCCGCUUUACAUGAGCAGCUGCUCGCCGUGGAGGCUGCACCUGUUCAGACCGAGUGGACCCAGUGGCACAAUGCCGUGCGCAAACGUCGUGUGUCGCGAGAACUUGUUGAGGAUAGCGUGGAUGCUGGCGAUCCAGGCAUGUCUCCUGAACCAGUGCAAGCUCAGCAAACUGCUAAAGUCGAAGUUGCGCCACUCCCGCGGCUGCCGCCGAGCCUAAGUGUGACGGAGGUUUUGCCGGCAUUGCAGCCAUCGCUGCCAAGCGUUUCGGACGCGCGUUCCCUCAGCUCCUCUGGCCACGUGAUGAAGAGCCCAGUGCGGGAUGUGGCGAAGGAGGACCAAGCCGCAAAAGAGGCGUCGGCAAUGUUGCCGGGAGGUCCCCAGACUUUUGACUUCUCCGGUCCACUUGAAGUGCCUGGAAGGCGGACGAGUUUACAGGCCCAAGGCUCCAAGCCAGCGAAGGGCCAGAAGUCAGCGCGACUUGUGGGCCCGGGCCUGGCCCAGGAAGAGGACCUGGCUGACUUGAGCGCGGAGAUGGUCUUGGAAGCGACUUUGAGGCUCCCCGUUCUGACAAGCAGAGAGCCGAAACCGAACCCGGGGGGGGAUGCGGAUGCGGCUCCCAGGCAGCCAGCAGAGCCCUUGGAGCCCUUGGAGCCCUUGGAGCCUCAAAGGGGCACUUUACCGACGAUGCGGAUGUCUUCCACCUUCAAAGGCGAGGCUGAGGGGCUCACUGCCCAUCGGAAGAAGCGGUGGAAGCGGGAGCGCAUGCGAGCGUUGAUGGUGACCAGCCAGAGCAUCUCCGGAGUGCCCAUGGAGUGGAUCCUUCCGGUCGUGGCUGAUGCAUCGGUGCGACAGAUUCAGAAGUUCAACUCCCCCGCGGACAUAGGUGCCAGACUGAAAUCUAGAAAUCUGCACGGCAGAUCUCGCAAGUCUGCGGCUUCAAUUCCGAUCAACAAGGGGACGUUCUUCCCAGCUCUAUGUUAA